GAGGUUUCCCUGUAGACUUCUCCAAACUAAACAAGCCCAGUCUCCUCAACUUUUCCUCAUAAUUCAGAGGGCUGAAUUUCUAUCUCCUGGCUGCUUAGUGCUGAAGUUUUGGUGGGACCAUUAAUAGGAGGAACAGGAAUGUUACAGGACGUCUGCGCAAUGCCUAGAUCGUUGUCAAGCCUGAGUAUGAAAUAUACGUGCUGUUAAUUGAAAUAGAUUACUCACUGAAGGCUUUAUUGGCUGUUCUGCAACGAGAUGAGUGCAUUCAGGGAGCUGGAUGGCUGCAGAGCUCAGCAGAACACCUGCAUUUGGGUUAUUUUUUGCCCCCUCCCACCUUGGCAGGGUUAGCUGUGUUGGUACAACAGGGCGAUGCCAAGCUCAGCACACACACAGAGGCACUCCUUGCUCAGCCAGGGGUGCGUGCUGUGUGUGCAGGUAAUGAGGGCAGCUGCUCCCAAGCCUGUUGCCCCCACCGAGCUGUGCCUCGGGCGCUUUGCAGGGAGAUGACGGCGCUCUUUCCCAGCACUUGGAUCACCCAAUUCUACCGUGCGUGGGCAAGAAGGAGGAAGCAAAGCCAGAUCUGGUGAGGAGUGCUUGAGAAGAAUGCAGAGCUUGGUAUGGGUGGGGAUGGGAGCUGAGCCUCGAGCUACCAACACCGGUGGGAAGAUGGAGCUGAUUUUUUCACUACCUGGGUGAUGUUAUGUGUGAGCCACCAGCUCCCGGGGAAAUGAUAUCCCAUGUGGAUCAGCGGUUUGAAGGCAGUGCUGCUCCCCGUGCAGCCACGUGAUUUAAUGAACACUUUGCUCAGCAACAUCUGGAGCCAGGAGGAUUGCAGAAGUUCAGCCUUCCCGAAGUGGAGCGGGGUUUUCUCCAGGAAGUGUGCACAGAUGGCGCAGUGAAGCAUGGCAGGGUUUGUUAUUCUUUUUUAACUGUUCACUAGCAGUAGCUCUGAUAUUUGACUGACUCAAUUCCCAGCCUUUGGGGUCCCUCCAGCUUUGCUGUGAGCCCCAGGAAGGUGCGCCCCAGCCUUCUCUCCCACGCUGUCUCCCAGCCUAUCUCUUUUGGCCUAGAAACCACAGUGCUUUGGGAGGCUCAAUCUGGCUGUGAAUCCCAUCCUGCUUCCAUUCUCUGGAGCACAGUAGCCAGCAGGAAAGCUUCCCUUCCCUCAGUAUCAGAGCAGACUCCUGUUGAGAGCUGGGCUGCAGUUCCUACCCCGUUAUCUCCACCUCUGUGCCUUGCUGUGACCAUUAGCUCAACAUCAUCCUGGAGAUCUUUGCUCACCCCUUUGGAUUCCUCCAGCCCCGCUGCUGAUGCACAGCACUGAUUCAGGUAUUCACCACGUCUCUUUUGAUGCAGCUUCAGGAUGUGUGCUCACUGAAUCCUGGCUGAUGGAGAAGGAAGAGCAGAGCCUUCCGACUGUGCCACUGCUCCAUCCGAAGCCCUCCUUGAGUCCAGCUGCGGACCCCCACCCUCCAAAAGGCAACCUCAGCUCCUGCAGCGGAGUCUGUCCCCGAUGGGGAAACAGCUUUGAGAAACUCUAGAGGGUUAAAAAAAACCACAGCUCUGAAACGAGCCUGGGGGAAAAGUCACAUGCACAGGGGAGGUUUUGCAAGUCAGUGCUUGUGGCGUGGGGUGAUGGGAGUGCGGAGCUGCAGGCGCUCGCCUGCGCUGUGCAUCCCAGCAGUGGGACCUCCCCAACCUGCAGGGCACAGUGAUGGGCGGUGCGGGGCAAUGAGGAGGAGGAGGGAGCAGAGUCUGCACCCCAGGAGCACAGCUGGAUGAGAAAAUGCUGCCAUGCUCAAGGAAAGUAGAAUCUCAAGGAAGUUGCCAGCGGGAGUCUGAGUGAGGAUUUCACAACCUGGUCCCCGGCGAGGAGGGCGAGCUGCCUGCUGCCUGGUGCUGUGAGAUAAGGGAGAUCCAAGAAGCGCUGAAUCGCUGACGCUACGGCACAAAGUUCUUAAGGAGUGGUGCCUUCAGCAUGGCCUAUAAAAGCCAGGAUGGUGGGAUUGAGAAAAACAGCUCGCUUUCCUCUGUCCUGUAUUGUAAGAGUGAUUUGAAGGAAGGAUCCCGGCAGUGGCUGAAAGAACCCCGCAAUGGCCAGGUGCUCAUGGUGCUCAGCAUGGACAACACCUGCUCAUCUGCCUCCUUCAACAUGGAGUUUUGUGCAGAGAAACUCCAGUCCCUGGGGGUUCAGGCGGCAGCGGGUGAGUGGAGGAGGCUGAUCGAGGAGGCAGUCCUGAAGCCUGAAGUGAGGCGAUACCUCUUCUACAACUCCAGGGCAUUCCAGAUAGCCAUUGCUGUGAUUUUCUACAUGUCUCUCUGGAUAAACAUUUACACCACGGUCCAGCUCUGCUCCUUCGGACGCUACUGGGAGGCCAGCGUGCUGGUGACUCUGGCUGCUGUGGCUGUCACUGUGGUUGUGAUCCUGGUCAUCGACCGCCGUCAGAGAAAGAUAAAUAUGAAUACAGAUGUGCGGCUGGCAGCUGUCAAUGAAUUCUUUAUCAAACACAGCUUAAUUCUGGGGAUUACUGAUGUCCUGGAUGGGCCACACAGCAUCCUACAACUGUGGUUUGUGCACUUCAACCCCGAGCUCUGCCUUCAGUCCCUGUCAGCCCACAUCACAGAGCUGCAGCAGGCACAAGAGCUGGGCUGGCGGCACAGGCUGGACCAGCUCUGUGUGGUGAUGGAGGUGGCUGUUCCUGCAGCUGAGGACACUUCAUGUGAGGAAUCACCUCUCCUAUCCAGUGGGGAGAACUUCAAGAAAGAGCCCAUGAUGUGCAAUGAGCUGCUCCACCUCAUCCCUGAUGGCCCCCCAGAGGUGAUGGCCCAGCAGCUCCUGGUGAUCUUCAGUGCCUGCUAUGUGAGGCUGCUGGUCAGUGGCCGGCUGCCCCGUCCUGUGCUCUCUGGGCACAUGGAGGGCAGCAGUGUGCCCUGCCCGUGCCAGUUCAUCCAGGCCUCUGUGCUCAGCACAGAGCGCUGCUGGCUGCGGGGCAGAGGGCUGCGGGGGGCUGAAGGGCAAGCACAGCAGUAUGAAGAGGCAGAGAAGGCUGUCACCACUCAUCCUGGACUCUGGAAGAAGGAGUGGAAAUAGGACUCUAAUAAAGCAUGCGAACUUGC